GCAAAUUCAACUUUGAUUGAUUUUCGUGAGCCUCCUUCAACUUUCUCAUUCUUGCGACCAAUUUUUCGAGCGCUUCAUCACCACCCACCAAUUCCCUCUUCGAUUGCCAACUGAUUUAAUCAGAAACCGCAAUCAUGGGUAUUUCUCGAGACUCUCGCCACAAGCGCUCCGCCUCCGGUGCCAAGCGCGCCUUUUACCGGAAGAAGCGCGCUUUCGAGGCUGGUCGCCAGGAGGCCAACACCCGUAUCGGCCCCAAGCGAAUCCACACCGUCCGCACCCGUGGUGGUAACCACAAGUACCGUGCCCUUCGUCUCGACUCUGGUAACUUCGCCUGGGCCUCCGAGGGCUGCACCCGCAAGACCCGUGUCAUCGUUGUCGCCUACCACCCUUCCAACAACGAGUUGGUUCGAACCAACACCCUUACCAAGUCCGCCGUCGUCCAGGUCGAUGCUGCCCCCUUCCGUCAAUGGUACGAGUCCCACUACGGCCAGCCCCUUGGCCGAAGACGUCAGCAGAAGUCCGGCAAGGAGGAAGAGGUAGUGAAGAAGAGCAAGUCCGUCGAGCGAAAGCAGGCCGAGCGAUACUCCGCACAAGGCAAGGUUGAGAACGCGUUGGAGAAGCAAUUCGAGGCUGGUCGUCUAUUCGCUGUUAUUGCCAGCCGACCCGGCCAGAGCGGUCGUGCGGAUGGAUACAUUCUCGAGGGAGAGGAGCUGGCUUUCUACCAGCGUAAGCUACACAAGUAGACGACGAACAUAACGAGAAUGGCGGGGGAAUAGGUUAUGAGGCGACCGCAAAAGCACUUAUGCGCAAUGGUAUCGGUGUUCAUGGAUUCUUUUUCAUUCUAGGCAUGGAAUGGGGUCUCGUUUGCUAGGCUCUGGUCAAUAAAAGAUCACCAAACAAAGUACUUUGCAGUGUUGCCUUCAUAAAUGAAUUGUUCUCCUUCUGUGAUUAUUACUCUAUUUGAAGUGACUUGAUAAGUAAGAAUCCACCUGGUCUGGUACUAUGGUCAUUCUAAUAAGGCCUUCGACACAGUAUCUAUACGAUGGUAUGCCAUACGAUGUCUAUUGGGAACUGUGCUGUCGCCUUCACCAUUAUCUUUACAAUUAGCACUACACUGCCACCAUAUCAUGAAAAUAAG